AACGCCUGGUCAUGUGACUCUUUGAUUGAUGACGUAUGAUCGCUGCUGUGAGCCUCAGAAGUCUUGUUAUUGUUUUCAAGCAUUUUCGUUUGUGAAUUUUACGCUAAACAUUUUAUACAUAUUUGCUGGUUCUGCGUGAUUAUGUCCACGGAUGUUUUGGAAGCCACAGUGAUGCUGGAGUCCUUACGGGUGACGGAGCUUCGUCUUCUGCUCUCCAAGAUGGGCAAGAGUAAAAGCGGCCUGAAGAAGGAUCUCAUGAAGAGAGUCGUGGAUCUGCUGCACAAUGAAUGCAGUCCUGAGCUGCUGUCUGCUGUCCGAGAGCUGCACAAACUCCGACAGGUUUCCAAAGACGCCCACAGGAGCUCAAAGCCCAGUCCUGUAGAAAUCAUCUCCAUGCCAGCAUGCGUCUCACCUGAGAAACCCCAGACACCCAUAUCAGUCCAUACAGAACCACAGAUGAUCGAACUGCCUUUCUACCAGACACUGGACACCAUUCUGUCACCUACACCUCUGGUGCCCAUGUGUGGAGGAGCCUUGCAGAAGUCAGAUUUAUUUCAUCUCAGUGCAAGUCAACAAGCUCAGAUCCAGAGCAGCAAGUCGUCUCAGUCCGGUCCAACAUCAGUUCAAGUGGUGCUCAGGAUUUGCUACAGUGAGAGCGUCGGUGUUGAAGAAGAUCAGUAUCCACCAAACAUCGUAGUUUCAGUUAAUCACUGCGCUCUCUGUCCCAUACAGUCUACCUAUUCAUCUGAUAAAACAGGGACUGAACCUUCUCGUCCGUGUCGUCCGAUCGACCUCACGCCUGAUUUGUAUCCUACAUUCACAAACCGAUUCUCAGUGAUCUGGGGACACUUCGGCAAGAGUUAUUCAGCGGCUGUGUAUCUGGUGCGGCUCGUGUCGUCUCAGGAUCUGUUGGAUCAGCUCCGCAGGACCGCGGUGGAGCAGCAGGAGCUCUGCAGACGGAGAGUUUCUGAGAAGUUGCGCUCUGAUCCAGAAAAUGAGAUUUCUACUACAGGUCUGCAAGUAUCACUGAUCUGUCCACUGGCAAAGAUGCGUAUGUGCGUUCCCUGUCGAGCUCGAGGCUGCGCUCACCUGCAGUGCUUCGAUGCUUCCUUCUACCUGCAAAUGAACGAGAAGAAGCCCAGGUGGACGUGUCCCGUGUGCCACAGAUACGCUCCGUUUGAUGAGCUGCGGAUCGACAGUUUGCUGUGUGAAGUUCUGGAGAAAUGUGGUGAAGAUGUGGAGGAGAUUGAAUAUCUGUCUGACAGCAGCUGGAGAGCCGUGAGACACGACAAGAGCGACAAAAACAAAGAAUCUGUUCAACAUCAACGGAUCAAACACAAUUGUAAACCGGUGGGCAGCGUUAUCGUGGAUCUGACUCAGUCUUCCUCCGAUGAUGAAGAUUUCCACAAAGAAGAGACUGUUUCUACACAUUUAGACGACAAAAGUGUGCUCUUCAGAAAAUCUGGCAUAGUUAAAACUUCUAAACCCAAAAGUUGAAAAACCCAGGUCAAUACUAUUAACUGAGCUUUAAGUAUUAGAUUUUAAUAUUUGUUAAUAUUACCCCUGACAGUAAUUUAGAAUCACAUUUCCAAAUGUUUUUAGCAUAUAAGGCUGAAUUGCAAUGUGAAGCUGUUGUCAUUCAGUCAUUGUGUUCUGCGUGUUGUCAGAUGUGUUGUGUGUGUUUUCAUUGUGAU